UUGUCACUCGUUAUCAAUUAAGUGUUAAUUGUUCAAAUAAAUAAUGACAUUGUAUUUAUUGUAUUGGUCCCCGUGUAUUCGUUAUACGUUUUAUGAUUAGUUAAUUCCACUGAAAUUAUUUAUGUUAUUAGAUAAAUGCUUCUCGUUUAAUCUGUAAACAUAUUAUUGAUAUUGACGAAAUAACACGCAAUAAGCGAAUGGAGCUAGUGGUUUAACCUUGAUGUGAAUAUGUAUAGCAAAUGUGUAAUUGUACAUGUUUAUAUAUCUACUUUAUCUCUCUUGUUGAAUGUAGCAGUAGUAGUACUAUGAUAAAUGACUGUCAGCCUCAAAAUAAAUAAAGAGUUACCUAUUAGUCAGACGGCAUUAUCAAUAUUUUUUCAAGAAGUCGCUAUUCCGACUGGAGCUAAUGGCAUUGCAGCCCCACACUACCGUCAGCAAUUGAUGACGCCAUGCAACACUCCAGCGACUCCUCCUAAUUUUCCUGAUGCACUAGCUGCUUUUUCACGACUGUCUACGACAGGCAGCCCAAACAAUGCAGGUGGCGGUGGAUGUGGAAACGCAACUGCGCCACCUGUGUCUCCGCUCGCCACGCACCCACCACCGCCACCACCACCACAUAUGCAAAUGAACAUGUUUCCUGGCAAUCCAAAUCCUCAGACAAAUUAUUCGUCAAUUUCCCGCUCAACUGCCAUGUGCAGCGAAAAUAUGCCAAGAUAAAUUUGAAGGUAUUAGUUUAGGAGCAUCUAUAAUUUAUUUUUCUAAUGGUGCGCAAUGUGAGCUGUGGAAUUGUGUAUGAAAUGUAUAUUACUUUAGUAAACACCCUAUAGCAGCGAUGGUUUGCUGGACAAUAUUCGGGGUGCUGUACUGUAGUCAAUCAUGUUAAAUUUAUUACAAAAUAUCGUAUCUACAUUAUAUGUAUACAGUGGUUUCAAUAUGUGCACAAUAAAUCCUAUGAAUUGUGUUAGUUUUUGGUAAUCGAAAUUUAUAAAGUGAUUGUAAAAAAAUUGUAACAAAUUGUAAUCAUAAACAAUAAUCAUGACUUUAAUAAAUAACAUACAGAGUGAAAAUUUUGCUUUAGCUUCUAAAGUUAUCGUGGUCGUACUUUGACAAUUUCAUAAUAUCUAUUUAAAAAAAAUAUUUAAAUCCCCAGUUGUUUCAGGAAAUAACUUUGUGACUGUUGCUUUGCACAAACUUCACAAACUAAGUUCAACUAUGAAGCUACUUACGAGUUUAAAUAAAUGUGAAACCAGUAACCUGAUAAGUUUAAUUUGAACAUUGUUUGUUAGUAAACCCCAAAAUUAUAUACGAAAUACAGAAAAAAUAUACAUGUCACCUUUCCAAUUAAAGAUAUAGGUAGGUACUUUCAAUAUUUUGGUAUUGUAUUGUAAGCAUUUGAACUAAACAUGUAUACAAGAUUUUUCCUAUGGUUCUAAAUAUCUGUUGAGACUCGAGACGGCUUUUAUUUUUCUUCGUUAUUUCGUUCCCCGACUCAAAAUUUACAACCAAUUUUUGGAGAAUACGAGAAAAAUAAGAUCCAUUCGUGUCCAUGGUUUCCGUAAAGCGAACAAACAGCAAAUAGACCUGUUGGAACAGUGGCAGUUGGGAAUGUACAAGUUUACCCAGUUUCAACAGUUUGUAAUUUUACUAUUUUGACUCGUGUGUGCAAAUUGUAAAUUAAUACGAACGGGAGAAUGUGCGACGGAAGAACGAUACGCUAGUACCUAGCUUACUUCGAACGAAGCAAGUUCUAUGAUAUUAUCUUGCUCUGUACGAUUCUGUUCUGUUACUAUAUUGACCUUAACAUAAUUAUCGUAAUUUCUAUGUAGGUAAGCAAUAAGUAGGUUAGGUACUGGAAUAGGCACUAUCCACCGCAUAAAUCAUACAGUAAACAGAGCUAAUUACAGUUCAGUAAUGUACAGUUCGUACUAUGCUGGUAUUUUAGUCGAGUAGAAAGUAUUUAGUGGCUUUUUCUCGCUUAGAUUUUGAGACAGAAGCGAGGAAGGGCUACUAAAUACUCGCUAAGCGAUUAAAAUACUAGCAUGUAGUGCGAACAACGCAUUAGUACCUACAUUGAACUGACUGCAAACAUAAUAUUAUGUGGUUCAUAGUACCUACCACAGUAACACCUAUUUCAUUAUAACUCCGGUUAAAAGUUAUUAGUUUUUUCAUAAAUCGUUGGAUUUCACCUGUUAAAUUAUACGAUUUAUAUAAUUAAUUAUAUAGGUAUUGUGGCGUCCCACUAUCACAGAUAUGUAUGGGACCCACUUUUAGUAUAUUAAGACGAGAAUAUUGAUAUUGUUUAUGGUCGCGGUAUUGACCAUCUAUGGUUUUAUGAUUAACUUGGUGACACUUUAUGCCGUUACACUUUUGACAGACAAGUCGAUUAUAAGUUUUGCCAUUGAACUUAUCACGAGUUUUAUUUAAAAGUCUGCCUUAACACUGGCACAUGCAUGAAUGUAAACAAUAACAUUGAGAAAUGUACAGGUAUAUUGUUUUGGGCCCUAAGCAUUUAUUUAAAGGGUUACCUUGUUCGAAAUGUGGACCCUGUUCAUACCUAUUAUACCUUAUUAAAUUUUAUUACUUA